AGUGAGCCCUCACCGUGGGCUUGCUCCCUUCCACCGACUGACAGGGCAAAGGCAACACGCACUUCCUUCAGCCCUGCCCUUCGACAGAGCUGAGAGGAACUGAGCAGCCUCCCCACUGCCGCCGUGGCUGUGGCGGCAGCUUCCGCCUUGUCUGUCACGCGGAAUGUGGCUUCUGUCCCUCACAGCCUUGGGUCAGAAAGCCACACUGCUUGCUCGGAGGGGAGCCAGGAGCAGAAAGCCAGCAUGGGCUCCGGGGCCAGCAUGCUGAGAGCCCUCCUCCUUCUCCUAGCUCCCUGGGAUUCGACCUUGCAGGACGUCCGGGGCCUCUCAGUGCAAGUCGCAUGGCUCAGACUCUGCGUUCCACUUCUCUUGGCCUUUGGGCCCAUUGUCAAGUCUUCAAUGCCUUUGGUUCCUCAUUCAUCAAAGGCAGAUGUUGGAGUGUUAGCAACGGGCAAGUCUGCUGGGGCCGAAAUUGAUAUCAAGUACGCCAUCAUCGGGACGGCUGUGGGCCUUGCCAUAUCGGCUGGCUUCUUGGCCCUGAAGAUCUGCAUGAUCAAGAAGCACUUGUUUGAUAAUGACUCCUCGGACCUGAGAAACUCAAACCUGGGCUUCAACGAUUCGGUCACACUAAAGAAGAGAGUCCCAAGGUAAGGUCACUACCGUGAGAUGCACGAGUGAUUGAACUCUAAAUGAGUGGCCUCUUCAGGAGAAGAGGUUGGGAGGUCUGGACAGCUGCCCACAGCAUCGGUCUCAGAGAUGUCUUGAAUUUGACCUUCCAAAGCUCUUGAAGGAUCUUCAUAUGGAACUCAAUACCCAGGGCAAGUAAUAGAUCUAUAGUGUCUCUGUCUUGAGGGAAAAUAUCGAUUCUCUUCCACAAGAAGCUGACUGCAUAGAGUGAGGCACGAGCACUUUAUCCAGAAGUAAGAAAUAUGGAAGUCAAUAAAUCUAUUCUGCCUAUCCUGGUUCUCCAUGGAGGAGCUGUUCAUGCUUCUAUGAUAGCAUUGUGUCCAUAUCAACGGAACCUACCCAUAGCAAAUGGCUUAUGGAAAUGGGGACCAAAGUCAAGACACAGCCUCCUUAACACCUCCAUCUAUCAACAGGUAUGCAUCAUUUUCUAGAACUGUUGGCCUCAACUUCUCAGUUGCCAUGAGUCCCUCUGCAAAAAUUCAGGGGUGCUGAAACAUGAAGACCAUGGGGCCAUCUCCAGUCUUAUAAAUGAAAGACUGACCUUCUACAGGAAGAAAUGGAGGGCUGGGCUGGAGAGGAAGGUGUCUCAGUGACCGUGGGAUGGCCUGCAUCUCUGCAGCUCUUUGAAUGAUGGAACCAACAAUGAAAAAGCUGAUGGUGUGCCUUAUAGGGAGCUACACAAAUGUAGGGGAUUAUCAUUAUGCUUAUGGCAUUAUCUUGUGGUACAAAUGUGAAUGACUUUUGCAUGGAGGACAUGACUGGCAGAGGCUUAGGAACCCCCCGUCUUUUUAUUAUUGCCAUGAACCUAAGGUUCUGUGACACAGGCCCCAUUAACAUUUCUCUCCCCCAUAAUAUUAACAUUGCAUUUCUGGGGCUGCACUAUGGAAUACUCUCUGCCUUUCCAAUUCAACAGAAAUCUGAGUGGUUGUGUCGACUGGUUCUCAUUGGAUUGGGGUUACUCUCCUUGUGUGUGAUGAAAGAUGAGCAAUAUUUCAAAACAAAGUACUGUGUUGUAAUAAUUUGCCUGGAUUCCCAGGGUGUCUUUUAUCUGACUUGAUAACAACGUAGUUCAUUAGCAGCCUUUGUUAACUGAUAACCUAAAGCGGUAACAUGAUACUCAUAAGCAAUUUUCUGUGUGUAAGAUAGAAUAAACCAUCUUGUAAGGUA